UGCCAGGCUGGUUGCUAGCCGCCGGCGCUGGCCCCGCGGCUCCGGGCUUCAUUGUCGUUCGCUUCCGAGGCAUCGCCGAGGGCCGCGGGGCGCCCACCUGGCCGGGUCUGCCGGCCCAGCUCUCUAGGGCCUGCCCUCGAAGGGCCCACUGCCCGCCAUGAAAGGCUGCAGGGCCAUCAGGAGUGCCCCUGAAGGCAGCCCCGACUGCGCAGGCCUGAGUCUGACGGGCCUUCCUCCACCGUUGUCCCGGCGCCCCAGCAGCGCAUCGGCCUCUAAGCCCUUUGUGCGUUCUGUCUCUGUGGCCGCAGGCAGCGAACCCAGGAGGAAGGCGCUGGAGGCUGCAGGGCCCGGGGGCUCCAGCGCCAUCAACAACCUUCGAAGAUCUAACAGCACCACACAGGUCAACCAGCCCUGGGCUGGGUCCCCUAGGCUGGCAGAGUCCCCCGACUUCCUGACGCUGUUCGAGGGCAGCCCUGCUGGAAGAAGGAGGCUGGUGGGUCUGAGCAAGGCAUCUGGUGAGAAGGCAGCCACUUGGAAUGUCCUGGAUGAGCAGCCCAGGGGCCUUGGCUUGCAGGCCAAUGCCCAGAAUUCCAGGGCCUUCGAUGCCCCCAUGGGCCCACGGAGGAAGGAGUGCACCCUGGCACCCAGCUUCACUGCUAAUAACAGGAGCAACAAGGCAGCUGUGGGCAACUGUGUCACCUCCAUGGUGCACAACCACUACACCCCCUCGGAGAAGGCGCACCCCCUCAAGAGCUCCAACCAGACCACCCCCUCCCUCAACAACAUCAUCAAGGCGGCCACCAGUGAGGGCAGUGAGGGCAGCAGCUUCGGGAAGAACUUCUCCAGCGGCAACCAGGCAGCCCAGAGUGCGCCUGCGGGCAGCAGCACCCCACUCAGGCGGAAGGAAGUGACCGAGGAGGAGGCUGAGAGGUUUAUUUGCCAAGUAAACCAGGCUGCCAUCACCAUCCAGCGCUGGUACCGCCGCCAGGUGCAGUGGCACCAUGCAGGGGCCAGAAGCCUGGAGCACCUGCUGACGUCCAAGCGAGAGGAGCAGCGGCAGCGCCUGGGUGGCGGGAACCUCCUGGAGCUGCACCAGCAGAAGGAGGUGGCGAGGAGGAAGGCCCGAGAGGAGAAGGCCCGCCAGGCCAGGCGGGCGGCCAUUCAGGAACUUCGGGAGAAGCGAGCCCAGAAGUCAGGGGAAGCUGCACUGCCCAAGGAAAGCCUGGAGACCAGAGCGCUGGGGCGACCUCCACCCGCCCAGGGGCCACUCCCACUGCCAGGCAGUGCUGCUCGACAGGGCCUCAAGGCCAGCAAUGCUGGUGCCAGCGUCCAGCCUGCAAGCCCCAGGGACCCCUGCCCGCCCAUCUCCAGCUCAUCCCCAGAGCCCCAGCAGUCUCGGGAGGACAAGCUGCAGGGUAUCCACCCCCAGGAUGUGGCCAGCGAAGAUGUGGUGACAGCAGCCCCUGUCAGGAGCAGGGCCAAGUCCAGGGCGACCCUGGAUGAGCUGCUGGACACGCUGCAACUGCUAGAGGAGGAGCCAGAGCCACUGCCCCACCCCAGGGGCUAUCAAAAGGAGAAAUACGCCUGGCUCGACGAGGAGGAUGACACCAGCUCCCUGACAGCUGACAACCUGGAGAAAUUUGGGAAACUCAGUGCACUCCCCGGGCCCCCCGAGGAUGGGACGCUGCUCUCAGAGGCCAAGCUGCAGAGCAUCAUGAGCUUCCUGGACGAGAUGGAGAAGUCGGAGCAGAGCCGGCUGGCCCCCCAGCGGGAGAGGCUGGUGCCCCAGGCAGGGCAAGGCCAUCCAGAGCUGGCAUCCAGCAGGAACGUGUCCGAGAUGCGGCUGAAGCUGGAGGUGGAGGAGAAGAAGCAAGCCAUGGUUCUGCUACAGAGAGCACUGGCACAGCAGCGUGACCUUACUGUCAGGCGGGUCAAGGAGACGGAGAAGGAGCUGAGCCGACAGAUGCAGCAGCAGAAGGAGCACUACGAGGCCACCAUCCAGCGGCACCUGACUUUCAUUGACCAGCUGAUUGAAGACAAGAAGGCACUGAGUGAGAAGUGUGAAGCAGUGGUGGCUGAGCUGAAGCGGGGGGACGAGCGGUGUCGGGAGCGCCUGGCCCAGAUGCAGCAGCAGCACGAGCUGGAGAUCAAGAAACUCAAAGAACUUAUGAGUGCCACUGAGAAAGUCCGCCGGGAAAAGUGGAUCAGUGAGAAAACCAAAAAGAUCAAGGAGAUCACUGUCAGAGGUUUGGAGCCUGAGAUCCAGAAGCUCAUCGCCAAGCACAAGCAGGAGGUCAGGAGGCUCCGGGACCUGCACGAAGCAGAGCUGCUCGAGCGAGAGGAGCAGACUGCACAGCGCUACCUGCUCCAGGCUGAGGAGCUGCGGGAGAACGCAGAGCGGGAGAAGGAGGCGCUGGGCCAGCAGGAGCGCGAGCGUGCCCAGCAGCGGUUCGAGCAGCACCUGGAGCAGGAGCAGCGGGCCCUGGAGCAGCAGCGACGGCGGCUGUACAGCGAGGUGGCUGAGGAGAGAGAGCGGCUGGGUCAGCAGGCAGCCAGGCAGCGGGCAGAGCUGGAGGAGCUGAGGCAGCAGCUGGAGGAGAGCAGCUCGGCGCUGACCCGAGCUCUGAGGGCCGAGUUUGAGAAGGGCCGGGAGGAGCAGGAGCGGCGGCACCAGAUGGAGCUGAAGACCCUAAAGGACCAGCUGGAGGUAGAGCGACAAGCAUGGACUGCCAGCUGUGCCAAAAAAGAGGAAGCAUGGCUCCUGAACCGGGAACGUGAGCUGAAGGAAGAGAUCCGGAAAGGCCGGGACCAGGAGAUCGAGCUGGUCAUCCGCCGGUUGGAGGCUGACAUGACACUGGCCAAAGAGGAGACGGAGAGGGCCGCCGAGGGCCGUGUGAAGCGUGUGCGAGACAAGUAUGAGACAGAGCUCUCGGAGCUGGAGCAGUCGGAGCGGAAGCUUCAGGAGCGGUGCACGGAGCUGAAGGGGCGGCUUGGGGAGGCGGAGGGGGAGAAGGAGCGGCUGCAGGCCCUGGUGCGGCAGAAGGAGAAAGAGCUGGAGGACGUGCGGGCUGUGAACUCGCAGCUGGCCGGCGAGCGCAGCAGUGUGACCCAGCUGGUCCGCCAAGAGUUUGCUGAGCAGCUGGCGGCCUCGGAGGAGGAGAACCGGCAGGUCAAGGCCGAGCUGGCCAAGCUGCAGGCCCGCCAGCAGCUGGAGCUCGAUGAGGUGCACCGCAGGGUGAAGACGGCGCUGGCCAAGAAGGAGGAAGCCGUGAGCAACCUCCGGAGACAGCACGAGGCCGCCGUGAGGCGGGCUGACCACCUGGAGGAGCUCCUGGAGCAGCACAGGCGGCCGCCUCUGAGUGCCAAGUGAUGCUGCCCGAGGGACGGAAGACAGGCCAGAGGCGGGCACAGGGCCCCGAGGCUGGUGCCCAGGCCAUGGCCACCAAGCCCAGGGCUGCGCAGCGGGAGCGAGAGCUGAGUGAGGCGCCCCUCUGCCCACCCCUCCUCAGAACACCUGUGGUCAGAGUGCCUGCAACCACCUUCACAGCGAAAGAGGCCAUGGUUUCUAGGGUUUUGUGUGACCUGUCUUUCUCUCCUGGGUGCGGGUCCCUGUGGCCACAAAGCUGGCUCUGCUCCCUCCCCGCCCUUUGAAGCUCCCUGUCCAGUACCCUGCCUUGCCUUGUGACCCAGAGCGGUGCUCCUGUCUGAGCACAGAGCACCUUUUGUCCCAGUGGCUGGGCGGGAGCUCUCACAUCCCACCCUGAAAGUUCUGAGGCUCUCCCCAACCCUGCAGGGCCUCGGAGCCCUGGGCCACUGUUGUGUCCCCAUGGCUGGAGAGACACAGAGGGAGUGGGCAGCCCUCCCGGGACACCCCCUCCCCAUCGAGGUUCGGCCGCCUGGACGGUGCUGAGGAGAGCAGCAUUGGCCCAUUCCCAAGCUCAGAGCAUGUCCUUUGCGCACGGCACGGCCACCUCGGAGCCCACUGAGCACCCUGCUCCUGGCCAGGUGGGCCGUGGCCGGCAGGAGUGCAGACUGCAGCCACAUGGAUGGAGGCGGAGAGGACGGGGAGGAGGGUCCUCCAGGAAGGCCACAUCAUGCCAGGAUCAGGCUUUGGGUCGGCCAGGAUACCACCGACACCCGCCCAGCCUCCCUCCCCUCCAGGAAGACCCCUCGUCCUGGGCCUCAGGUGCCGCUGGCCACAUCUGGGCCUGCCCUGAAGGUCUCUCCGACCAGGCCUGGUCCCUGCCUGUCACUCCUGGACAUGAGCCAUCUCCCCAGAGAAGCGCUGUCCUGGUUCCUGUUCAAGGCUGGGUCCUGGUGAACAAAGACUGCGAGUGGCAGAGCGCCCCUCCGUGGCGGAGGGUGCAGGUUGCAGGGCCACCGGCUUCUCCUGAGUCAAGGUGAAUUCAGACAGUGUGGCCUGUGCCUGUGCGUGUGUGGCCAGGGCAGUGAGGCUCGGCCUGGAAGGGGCCGUUCCGGGUCAGUGGAAGAGUGCAGGCUGUGAGUGCAGGACCUGUCACCCUCCGUGCUCCUGGCCCCGGCCUCCACCUCCCUCCCCGCCGCCUGCAGCCUGCUCCCCUCUGCCAGGGGUCCUGAACUCCGGUUCCAAAUCUUGGCAGAGGCGGGGAAGCACUGGAUGCAGGAGUGGGGGCCGCAGGGGGCUUGGAGAGGAGCUGUGGUCCUUCAGCCCCUGGGUCUGGCCCAGUGCCACCACCAGCCGCAGCUGCAGCCUGAGGGGACCAAGGGCGCAGUGACCAGGGGCUGAACUGGGGACAGGUUUCUGUUCUGGUACAUUUGCAUGCUGCAGCAAAAAAAAAGUUUUGAUCUGACACUGAUGUUAGAUGUUGCUAGGAGAAGUGACUCUUCAUUGCUAAACUGAGGUGUUUUGCAAGUGAGAUAUUGAGCAGAUGGGGGCGAAGGUGACCUCUGCAGUCGGGGAAAAGGCAGUGGGGACCCAGGGCUCCCAGCCAGGGAGACAGCCCCUGAGUCCCAGCUCCUGAUUUGCAGGUUUCCUGUGGCUUCACCUAUUCCUCUGUUCAUUCAUGUAUUCCCGCAUUGGCUCAUUCAUUCAUCCUUGAGUUCAUUUAAUUUGUUCAUCCAUUCAUUCAUUCUUAAAUUCACUUGUUCAUUCAUUUGUCCAUUUGUUCCUUUCUUCCCUGUCCUUUGUUCAUUUCUCAUUGAUUUGUCCACUCCUUCCUUCAGCCCUGACUUUGUUCCUUCCUUCCUUUGUUCCGUCAGUCCUCGGUUUGUUCGUUCUUUCCCGCGUCCAUUCAUUCACUCAGGCUCUCACAGCCGUGUGCCUGACACCCCCUGGGGACCGCCCUCCAGUACGCUUCUGCACCUGCUGCCAUUGGAUCUCUUUGCUCUUGUUAUUUUUAAAUUCAAGUUUUGGUUGUCAUGAUAAUCUGUGUGUGACAUUAAGGGGCUGGGCUGAGUUUCUGGCCUGCCCACAAGCCGCACAAGCAUCCAUACCCUACCUGGAUGAGAAAUGCACCCCUGAGAGGCCAGAGUGGGGGAAGGUGCCAAGUACGACCAGGGGAAGGGGCCUGAGGUGCCAUUUCUGCUUCCUGAUGAUGGUGGGACCAUGUGCGGGCGAGGGGGCCUGGACCUGGGCUCUGGGAGUAGCUGCUAGAAAGACCCAGAUCACGCUGUGGCCUCCGCUGUGGCCAUCCAGCCUCUUCUGCUGCAGGUACUUCUGGCACCUGAUGGAUGAGGGCACAGGGCACCGUGAGGUGGGACUGGAGUCACCCAGCAGGGCACACACGGGCUCCCCAAGGCAAUGGAGUGGUCUUCACACCAUGAGGUGCCCGGAACCUCUGCCCUCCCAGCUGUGUUCCUUUCCUGGCCAGGCUGGGGGCCGUGGUGGGGGGCACAGGGAGGACACUUAAUUCUGACCCUUAACAUGUCAGAAUUCCCGCCCUUAUUUCCUCCCCUCUUCUUUGAGUCCAACUUUCCAUUCUCUUUCUAACUCCUUGAGAAGGGUACUUACUCAUAGAUCAUUGAUUGCCAGCACUUUUGCCUUUCAAAUAAUUUAAGCUGUACCCACAAGGAUUGGUAUGUUGUAUUUUCCUUAUCCUUAGGUUCAGAAUAUUUUCUAAUUUUCAUGGUGGUUUUUCUGAACCAGGGACUGUUUAGGCUACAUUGCUUUUCUUAUCUUUGUUUUUGAUUUCUGACUUUGCUUCCCUGUGGUCACAGGAGCCGUUCCAUGUAUUUCAGUCCUUUGACUGGAUGGAGACUCGUUUUACGGCCCAGCAUCUGGCCUAUUUUGGUAAAUGCUACACUCGUGUGUUUUAAGAGACUGUGUCAGAUGAAGGGCGGUAUCUGUACCACGGAGGUUCAGGUAGUUCAUUGUUUCCUGACUACGAUAGCCUUACUGACUUCUUUCCUAUUUGCUCUACCGUUUGCAAGAUGGGGAGGCUAAAGCCUCCCACCAUAUUUGUACACCAUUUCUUUCUCACUUCAGUUUGCUCAUUUUUACUUUCUGCAUUUGAACCCCUAUUAUUAGAUGCAUACACAUUAGAGCAGUUGUGUUUGCCUUAAAGUCUCCUUUAUCUGAUAGCAGCUUUGCCACACCCGCUUUCUAUACCUCAGGUGUGUUACAUGUGUACCUUCGCCUUCAUUUUUACUUUCUGUGGCCUUGUAGUUAAGCAUAGUGUGGCAGGAGCCACAGACAGAACAGCACACCAGGCUGGGCGAGGUCACCUGCUGACCCUAGGGGGCCAGUACCCCAGGUCUGGGCUCGCCAAGGGUGCUCCAGGCUGGGAGGAUUGGCUGCUGUGCCUGUUCUGACUCCUCCCAUGCAGGCUUCCCUUUUCUGGGAUCUCAGGACCCUGUGUCCUUGGUGUUUUGCUUGCUUAUAAAAAACAUAAUUCAUGGCGAUUAUUAUAGUGGAUUAAGGGGAAAGAGACUCUGGGAUGCCCAAGGAGGGCGGUGAUGCACGAGAUGGUGUCAGCCUCACAGGGUGUGACAUUGGGCAAGACUGAGAGAGAAGAGGGAGCUCAUCAGGCAGCAGAGGAGCAUGUUAGGCUGAGGGACAGAGGUGCCAAGGCCCUGGGGCAGGGCAUGCCUGGAGGAGCACUGGAGGGGGCUACCCACUUCCCAUGAAUGGUACCAAGGUGACCCCACCCCUGCUGCUCCCCUCUGCCCCUGGACAGCGGGACCGGAGAGGGGCAGGACUGUGAGCAGUGGUACUUAUACCAAAAGGCCAAGGAGCCUGGUGUGUUGAGGGCGGAGGGCUAAGCACUGGUCGCUGGGGGUCCUGCCAGAGGACUGGGAGGGGGGUGGAGGAUGAGCAUGGAGGGGAGCCAGGGCCAGAAAUAGGAGACAAGAUGACAGAGCUGCCACCUGGGUGUCUCCGGCCCUGGAGAGACUGUAGGGCACCACUCACCCUGCCCUGGGCGGCGGGUGCCCGGGCCCCGUCCACACAGCUGCUGUGUGAAUCCGGUGUGUGGGGCUGGGCAGGAGCAAGCCCAGGGCAGACUGGAAGGGGCCCUUCCGGGUCCAGGCCCAGAAGGCACCAGGCUGAGCAGUUGGGCAGGGUGUGGGGCCAGGUCCGUGUGCCCGCCUCCCCCAGGCAGUUCCCGCCUGCACACUCUGCAAACACACAGGACCACCAAGUUCAUUUGAAGCUGCCUUGCUUCCAUUUUCCUGGCACAAGCCUCCUCGAACCAGCCCCAGCAACUUCUGCCCGGUACACACCUUCCCUGCACAGGCCUGAGGCGUCCCAAACAGGCCUGGCCUGCUCAUGCUUCUAUUUCUUGGGAAUUUUCUCCUGUUUGAUAAGUUCAGAAAACUCCGGAGCAAGCAACCCAUUUCCCAUAAAUGUCCUGUUCUGUGAUUCUGCCCUCCCGGGCCCUUCAACCUAGAGAUGAUGAGGCUGCCCCUUUUAUAAGGGUCUCACAGUCUGGGGACCCCCACCCCGGGCCUCUAGGGGUACAGGAGGGCCAGAGACUGCUGUUUGCCUUGAGCCAGACCCUUGGUCCUGCUAGGCCCCUGCCCUGGCUCACAAUGACCUAGGUCUCCGGAGACCCUUGGGAAUUCCCACCAGACCAGACCUUGCUGAGCAGGGGCCUGUGAUCGGCCAGCCUUUCUCAGUGCGGAAACUGAGAGGAGGGGUCAGGGCUGAGUCCUGAGCAAAGCCCUCUAAGCCUUGGGCCGCCCAUGUGCUGAGGUCUGGGGCAUCUGCCAGCCCCGGUGCACGGAGGCUGCAGGGUGGACAGUGGGGAACGCGCUGGGUGCUGUCGGCCAACAGCAAACCUCGAGGGAUGUCGUGGGGCGGGGCCUGGUGGGGUUUCCCACUCCCCGCCGUGCGCCCGACCUUCGUAGUUGAUCCUCCUGUCCUCGUCCCUGUUGGCCACCCGGAGCAUGGCCGCGGCUUCCCCACCCGCCGGGGGGGGGGGCAGUGGGCAGGUGACUCAGGAAGCACCUGAGCCGAGGGGGGCAUGGGCUAGUCAGGGAGCUGCUGGGCAGCACCCAAUGCUUCCAGGACGCCCCCUCCCUCCCCGCCUUACAGAUGGGGAAACUGAGGUUGGUCAGGCCCCACCUCCCACCGGGCAGGUAGUGGGGACUGUGGGCAGGGCAGGUAGUGGGGACUGUGGGCAGGGGGCAGGGCUCGCCCCGCCCCGCCCCUUCCGCACUUGGCUUACUCCGUCUCAUUCCAUUCAAUGAAGCCACUGUCGUCCUUGUCUAGGCUCUGGAAGGCCUUACGGGUGACACUGUCCAGCUGGCCCGAGGCCUGGAACUUCUGCAUGUACUCAAAGAACCCGAGGUAGCUGAAGGACCGACCCUAGAGCACCCGGGCUCUGGUCACACGGGGCGUGGGGCCCAGCAGCCUGGUAGACAGCGCUGGUCGGGGCAGCAGUGCCUGUUCCCCCUUUCCCACCCACAGGCCAUGAUUUCCUGGGCUCGUCAGUCCGGGGGACACAGGAAAAGUGUCCAUAGCUGGGGCUGGGCCAGGGCAGCUGGGCCUGUUCCCUCCCCACAGGCUGGCCCAGGGUGUGUAGCUCUGUGGUGCCUCAUAUCUGAGGGCAUCAGCUCUAUGUCCUUGUCUGACAGGGACGUGCCCAUGGCCAGUGACCCCUUCAUCUGGGAGGAGAAGUCCUCAUCCAUCCUGGCCCUAGGGGUGGACACAGCCAGCUUGUGGGAAGUGUGCCCUGCCCAGCCGCGGGUCCCAUCCCCAGUGAACGCCACAAACCUCAGCAGAUGCAGGAGGGGCACGAGGCUUAAAAGAGCCAGAGGCCAAGGGGUUUGCUCAGCUCUCAGCUCCAGCCUCCCCGUGCCUGUCUCCCCACUGAGAGCCAGGAUGAUUACAGGUCCCCAGCAGACCAGAGUCUGUGUGUCACCAGCUCCUGCCAAGGCCAGCUGCUGCCUAGGCCAGGGUCUGGCGCAAGCAGAGGGCCAGGUGGGUGCCCCCCUGGCAGCGCCUUGUGGCCUGCCAGGCUCUCGGGAUGCGUCUCUGGGGCGGGUUGGGUUGUGGGGCUCUCGGAGCGGCCAUCUGAGAGGUGUCCCGGGCUCCUUGACCCUCCAGAAGGCUCACAGGGUGGUGGGCCCUUCUGGAGCAUGCAUCUGGGCGGCGGUGCGAGUCCUUUCUCCUCCUGACAGGUCAAAGGCGGCACCCAACCCUGGGGAGCGGGGAGCCCUUCUGCCCUGGGUGCCCCCACUGCUCUGUGCCGCUGGGGUUGAUGGGAGAUGGGGAAGGGGCUUUGCACCCUUUGUGGGCCGGGAGCUGGUUCCCAGCAGUUGCUCCAGUGGCUGAUGCUUGCAGCAGGCUGGGGAGCAGGUGGUACCCAGCUGGGCGAACUGAGGCCCCAGGACAGGCCCUUCCCCCACCCCGCCAUCUCAAGAUCCAGUCUGCAAGAGGACCCGCCUGCCCCUCAGGGUCCUGCCAGGGGACCUGUCACCUGCUGGUAUAUUUUUGGUUUUUUAGAGCCGGGGGCUGAACUCGGCCUUGCACAUGUGAGGCAAGCACUCACCACUGAGUUACAUUCCCGGCCCUUUUGGAGUGAAGGUCUCACGAAGUUGCCAGGCUGGCCUUGAACUUAUGAUUCUCCUGCCUCAGCCUCCCAAGUAGCUGGGAUCAUAGGUGUGUGCCACUGAACCCAGCUAACCUGUCACCUGCUCUAUGGAGGCGAGGCUGGGUCACAUUUGAGGCCAAGCCAGGAGUCCACAUCCGUUUGCAGCGCACUGGGCACCCACCUGCCAUCCCUCUUCCCAUUCCAUCCCGUCGGGUGCAGCGCACAGGCCACGCUGUGGCUGGGUGGGGAGGCAGAGCCUCGGGCUGUUGCUUAUGUACAGCUCCCACAUCUGCACCUGGGCUGGGGUUUCCCCGUCCCCUGGUUAGGCUGUGCUGUCCAGCCUGGUGGGGAACCUGCCUAGCUCCUGGGGCGGCCGUCGGCCCCUGGCAAGGUCCUACUUCUUUCCUCGGUACAAAAGCCUCCCUUUCCUCCCCUCCCUGCCCUUCCACCUCCCACCUCCUUGACCUCCAGAACCAGAGCUGCCUAGAGCUUCAAGGCCCACAGGUGCCAGCACUGCCGGGACCCGGAUGCCCUUCCUGCACCCUGACCACUCCAGACCAUCCACAUGGCCCUCCUUGGGGGCCAGGGGCUGCAGCAUCUGCCAGGGGCCACCAGGUUCAACUCUGGAGUGGGAGAAAGGGCUCAUACGUGGGAUAGGGUGAGGGGCAGCAGGGUCCCUCAGAGGUCCUUGGCAUGCCUGUGGAGCCCUUGUGUCGGGAGGCCCUGGACCCACGGCCCUGCCAGCCCCCACCUGGUCCCCACUCAGUACCCAGGGCCUAAGGGUCUCUGGCUCCCUGUACUGUCCUGGCUCAUGGCCACCCUCAAAGACUCCUGUCCGUGAGCUGGCAGGAGCCACACCUGCACACCUGCACCCUGCACACACUUCGACCCAGGCACACGCAGCAGCUUUCAGACCCCUUCCCCUUCCUUUACCUCCCCUGUGUUUCCCUGGGCUCCCCCGGGCCCCAGCCCCUCAUACCGUAUAGGAAGACAAGGCCCUGAGCUCCCAGCCAGCUCUGGUGGCCCAGCGCCCACUCUGCCUCCCCCCUGUGGCAGGGCUUACCUCCCUCCACAGGGCUCUCCUCAGGGGCUCUGGGAAUGCGGCAGGCCCACUGUUGCGUGGCUGUGGGGAUUCAGGUUUAUACCCAUGGCUGCUCUGCCUGUUUACAUCUUGAGGCUGCAGCUGUCCCCACUCCUCCUGGGCACUCCAGCCUGGCACCUGCUGCCCCAAGGGACUCACUGGCGCUUGGCACGUUCACCUUGGGCCAGACAGACUGACCAUCGGCAGCAGCGCCUGGCCUUGCCAAGCUCUGGGUGGGAGCAGGGAGGAACAGACAGAUGGGGAGUGGGUGAGCAACAGAGGGUGCUGGACCCAGGGCCUUGGCCAAGGUCACAGGGCUGGAACCCCAGACUGAGCCUCUACCUGCAACCCUGUGGUGCUGAGCAGGAGAGGCUGGGCAGGAAAUAGCUGCAGGUUGACCCCGGGCAGGGCUCAGGGGACCCUUGAGAGGUGGGUACUAGGGCAGGGUGGAGACUGGGCCAGUAGGGGCCACACAGCUUGGCACCCAGGGAGGCCCCUGGUAGAGAAGAAGUCAUCCCUGCCACAGCUACCUCCCAGAUCACACUGUGUCCCCCUAGCAGGGUAGAGGGAGGGCAGGGGUGGUCCCUGCUGGCUCGGGACACCAGGCACAUCAUCACUUCUGCCUGGGACAGGUGGCUUCACCCCUUAUGCUGCCCAGAGCGUGCCCUGCCUCAGCGGGACAGCAGGCUGGGCGGGGGCUCAGACUGGGGCUGUGUGCUGCCAGAGGGACGUGGCUUUCUGGCAGAGGCCCUGGGGCUCUCACGGGGCUGGUCCUGGUGUGAGGAUUUUGUCCUAGUGAAGGGAAUGUGUUUAGGAUAUGUGGCCCGUGACAAUGACCAUGGUGGAGUGGGCCCUGCCCCACGCCGCACUCAAUGGUGUCUCAGGUGACCCUUGCAGCAGCUCCCAGGCAGGCUCUAUCACCCUGCCAAGAGACCCCAGGAAGGUGAGAACGUGAACCUCAGCUGUCUGCUCGGAGAAGACUGUCGUCCAUCCCAGCCAGGAACAGGUGGGCAGGGGGAGCCUCAGGGCUCGGUUCAGGCACCAGGGAGACGUCCAGACCAGCAUGGUGUAGACACGUUUGUCCCGGCGGCUCACUGUCCCGAAAGGCAGAGCUAUCUUUGUCCGCAGCAGCAGCUGAGGCCAGUGCAAUUCUUGCCUGUCUUUCGGCUCCAUGUGUCAUUGUUUUAACCGGGAUGACUGAGGUAAGCCAGGCACAGGCCUGUGAUUCCAGCACUCUGGGAGGCUGAGGCAGGAGGAUCACAAGUUUGGGCCCAACCCAGUCAACUUAGCAACUGAGGGAGACCCUAAGCUGAGACCCUGUCUCAAAAAAAGUAGGGGAGGUCUGGGGAUAGAGCUCAGUGCAAGGCCCUGGAUUCAAUAUCUAGUACUAAAAAAAAAAAUCACUUUUUGGAUGAGAUGAAGCAAUGUUCAAUGUAGAGAGUUUGCAAUGUGCAAAAGAGACAACCAAAGGAGAGGAAGUCACCUGGGAAAGAUACUUGAUGAUCAAAGUAUCUGAGCUUUGGGGGUGCUUUUCCCUCUGCUUAAUGCUGUUCUUUCUCAUCCUGGUAAAGUAAGUGCACACGACAGAAGAGCUGCUGUCUUCAUCAGCGCUGAGCACAGUCAGCUCAUUCACUCUGAGGCAGCAUCCCCACUGUCGGCUUCCUCCCCAAACUCUGCCCUCGGUACAAGAGAACUCCUUCACUCCUCCCCUAGCCCCUACAACCCCCGUCCCACUCUCUGGCUCUACGAGUGUGACAGUCCCAGGGACCCCCUGCAGUGGACUCGUCCACAGUGUCCGCCCUUCUGUGGCCGCCUGUGUCAUUUAGCACCCUACCGCAUGGUUCAUCAUGUUUCAGUGCGUGUCAGAAUUCCUUUCUCUUAGAGGCUGGAUCCUAGUCCGUCCUGUGGAGAGACACAUUUGUUUAUCCUCUCAUCAGCUGAUGGACACUUGGAUUUUUCCCACCUCUUGGUUACCAUGAACACCGCUUCUGUGAACCUGGGUGGAUCAUUGUCUCCUUGCGUGCCUGCUUCCGCCCUUUGGGGUCACGGCGUGGAAGGGCUGCCUCACACCGUAAUUCUGCUUUGAGUUUGUUGAGGAACCACGGUACUGUUUUCCACGGUGGCUGCCCCCUUGCACUUCCCCCCAGCAGGACACAGGCUCCAAUUUCUCCACACCCUCGCCCACACUGCUUGUUUUCUGCCUUUUUGAAGUAGGCCUCCUGCUGGUGGUCUCCGUGUGGCUUUGGGCUGCACUUCUCUCCUGGCUACUGAUGCUGAGCUUUCUCGUGCUUUCUGGGCAUUUGUGGGUCUUUGGGGACAAGUCUAUUCUGGUCCCUGCCCACUUUUGAAUAAAUUAUUUUUUUGUGGUUGA